ACUUUUGAAAGUACUUUGUUUGAAGACCAAUUUCCAGCAUUAGAGUCUUCUGAAGAUAUCAGAAGUAGUAGUAACUCAAAAGACUGGGACAGAGUAGAAGCUGGAAAUGUGGAACAGGAUCCUAUGCCAGAAGUAGAUCUUGUCCCACCAUCCUCAACUGUGUCUGAAGUGAAAGCGUGGUUUGGAUUCAGAAAGGAAUUUGAACCUUCAGAAGAAAGCUCCCUUCAAAGUAGAAAAAUGGCAGCUGAAGGUGAGAUUGGCCUAGAGGAAUUAAAUAAUGGUGAGCUCCAAACAGAACAUAAGCAAGAACCUGAAUCAGAUCUCAAUUCAGUGCCAAAGAAACAGUCUGAACUAGUAUCUGAGUCAGAACACAUUCUCAACCCUCAAGCCACUGGUUGGUUUGACAUUGGAUUUACAAGAUACUUAGGUAUUGGAGGUGAGGAUACUGGGCUUGAAUUAUUGUCCAAAGAAAGUGAUCCACCACCUCAAGAUGUUCCUAAGUCUGUAGGAACUGAGGAAGAAUCUACAGUUCCAUGUGCAGAAGUAUUAACAGAAAAAGAAGACACAAUCACUAAUGACAGCUCAACUCUCAAGCGAAGUUGGUUUGAUUUUGGUUUUGGUAUGCUGGGUUUUGCAUAUGCUAAUGAAAAUAAAAUUAUAUCAGAUGAUGGAAAAAAUGAAGAAGGAGAUGGAGGAGAUAAACAUGAACAUCCUCCAAGUGAAUUGGACCCUGAUAAGGAACAGGAAGUUAAAACAAUAAAAGUUAUGGAUAUGGAAGAUCAAAUAAACAAGAAAAGUGCCUUAGAGAAAGCAGAUGAUUCAGAUGCCUUGCCAUAUUUUAAAAAGAUCUUGUAUAAUUUUGAUACUUGGAAUUUCCAGAAUAUUCCAAAGGAAACAGAUUUACCAUUUCCCAAACAGAUACUGGAUGAAAAUCAUGUAGUUGGAAAUGAUCAAACAGAAGAAUUUUCAGCUGAAAAUUAUCCUACAGAUAAUAUGAAAGUUAUAAUGUUGAGGAGCAAAUACAGUCAGUCAGAUAUGGUCUCUAAAACAGAGAUACCUAUGAGAAUUCAAGAAGAAGUACAUUUCAAAACUCCAUCUUCUAAAAAUAAUGAAGAUAAAUCAAAAGCUUCACUAGAUACUGAAGGACCCACUAAGAUGGAAAUAGACAUAUCUGUGGAAAACACUUUGCCAAAUCAGUUUUCAACUGAUUAUUCUUUGUUUUCUCAAAAUUACAUUGCUCAAAAAGAUGAUGCUUCUGAGCCUCAGAUUUUGAAAUAUUUAUUUCAAUUUGAUAUUUAUGAUUUCAUGAAUUGUGCAUUUUCACCAAUUGUAAUUCUUGCAGAAAGGGUUGUGGCAGCAUUGCCUGAAGAUAUGAGACCAGGUCCUAAUCCCUAUGGUUUUCCAUGGGAAUUGGUGAUAUGUGCAGCUGUCCUUGGGAUUUUUGCUGUUCUCUUGUUUUCAUGGAGAGGUUUUCGAUCGAUUAGAAGCUGGCUUUAUGUGGAAAGAGAGAAAAAACUUGCUGUAGAACUUUCUAUACUAAUUGAAGAAAAAUGUAAACUACUUGAAAAAUUUAGCCUUGUUCAAAAAGAGUAUGAAGGCUUAGAGUCAUCAUUAAAGGAUGCUAGCUUUGAGAAGGAGUCAUCAGAAGCACAAAGUUUGGAGUUUGUUGAAGAAUCACAAAUAUCAGAGGCAGUCUGUGAAAAGCUAAACGGGUCCAAAUCUGAACUUGAGGAUGAAAUAUUUUUUCUAGAAAAAGAUUUAGAAGAAGAGAAAUCUAAACAUUCUGAACAGGAUGAAUUGAUGGUGGAUAUUUCAAAAAGGAUACAGUCCUUGGAAGAUGAAUCAAAAUCCCUGAAAUCACAAGUAGCUGAAGCCAAAACAACUUUCAAAAUUUUUCAAAUGAGUGAAGAACGACUUAAGAUAGCUAUAAAAGAUGCUUUGAGUGAAAAUUCGCAACUUCAGGAAAGCCAGAAACAGCUUUUACAAGAAGCUGAAGAACUUAAAGAACAAGUGAAUGAACUAAAUAAACAGAAAAUAACAUUUGAAGACUCCAAAACAUAUGUGGAACAAGUUCUGUAUGAUAAAGAGAAUCAGAUCAUGUCUCUGACUGAACGCUUGCUAAAGAUGAAAGAUUGGGCUGCUAUGCUUGGAGAAGACAUAACAGAUGAUGAUAAGUUGGAAUUGGAAACGAAGAGUGAAUCAGAACAUGAUAAUCAGCCGAAAGGAGCUUUGAAGAAACUGAUUCAUGCUGCUAAGUUAAAUGCUUCUUUAAAAACCCUGGAAGGAGAAAGAAACCAAAUUUAUACUCAGUUAUCUGAAGUAGAUAAAAAAAAGGAAGAGCUUACAGAGUGUAUUAAAAACUUUCAGACUGAACAAACAUCUUUGCAAUCAGAAAAAGCACAGUUUGAAAGUGAGAAUCAAAAGCUUCAGCAGAAACUUAAUGUAAUGACUGAACUGUAUCAAGAAAAUGAAAUGAAACUUCACAGGAAAUUAACAGUAGAGGAAAAUUACCGGUUGGAGAAAGAGGAGAAACUUUCGAAAGCAGAUGAAAAGAUCAGCCAUGCAGUUGAAGAGCUGGAGACCUAUAGAAAGCGAGCCAAAGAUCUUGAAGAAGAAUUGGAGAGAACCAUUCAUUCUUAUCAAGGGCAGAUUUUUUCCCAUGAGAAAAAAGCACAUGAUAAUUGGUUGGCAGCUCGGACUGCUGAAAGAAACCUCAAUGAUUUAAGGAAAGAAAAUGCUCACAACAGACAAAAAUUAACUGAAACAGAGUUUAAAUUUGAACUUUUAGAAAAAGAUCCUUAUGCACUUGAUGUUCCAAAUACAGCAUUUGGCAGAGAGCAUUCCCCAUAUGGUCCCUCACCAUUGGGUCGACCUUCAUCUGAAACGAGAGCUUUUCUCUCCCCUCCAACUUUGUUGGAGGGUCCACUCAGACUCUCACCUUUGCUUCCAGGGGGAGGAGGAAGAGGCUCAAGAGGCCCAGCAAAUCCUCUGGACUAUCAGAUUACCAGUGAAAGAGGAGAAUCAAGCUGUGAUAGGCUAACUGAUCCUCACAGAGCACCGUCAGACACUGGGUCCCUUUCACCUCCAUGGGAACAGGAUUGUAGGAUGAUGAUCCCUCCAUCAGGUCAACCAUAUCCUGAUGCAACUUUUCCUUCACAAAGGCAAGACAAAUUUUAUUCCAAUUCUGGUAGACUCUCUGGACCAGCAGAACUUAGAAGUUUUAAUAUGUCAGCUUUGGAUAAAGUGGAUGGGCCACUACCUUCUGAAAUGGAAUCCAGUAGAAAUGAUAGCAAAGGUGAUGUUGCUAAUUUAAAUGUGCCUGAUUCAUCUCUCCCUGCUGAAAGUGAAGCAACUGGCCCUGGAUUUGUUCCUCCACCUCUUGCUCCAAUCAGAGGUCCGUUGUUUCCAGUGGAUACAAGGGGCCCGUUCAUGAGAAGAGGUCCUUCUUUUCCUCCACCUCUUCCAGGAAGCGUAUAUGGACCAUCCCGAGGUUAUUUUCCAUCAAGGGAUUUUCCUGGCCCACCACGUCCUCCAUUUCUAAUGAGAAAUACCUACCCACCAAGAGGUUUUCCUCCUUAUCUUCCCCCAAGAGCUGGAUUUGUGCCCCCUCCCCCACCUCCUGAAAGUAGCAGUGCGUUCCCAGCAGGGUUGACUCGGCCUUCGCAUGAGCCAGCUGCUGAACAUCCAGAACCACAAACAGAAACUUGACAAUAUUUUUGGUCUCUCUUCAAAAGUAAUUUUGACUUCUCUCUCAUUUUCAGUUAAGUAACUGCUGUUACUUAAGUGAUUAUACUUUUGCUCAAAUUGAAGCUUAAUGAAAUUUAUAAUUCUCAGGAUAGUAUUUUGUAAAUAAAGAUGAUUUAAAUAUGAAUCUUAUGAGUAAAUUAUUUCCAUUUUAUUUUAUUCAAGAUGGUAUAAUUAUUUUAAUUUGAUUAACUAAUCCACUAUCUCAUGAACAAUAAUAGGAAUUUGAUAUAUGUAAUCUUUCAGUUGGGGAUGUUUUAAAUCCCAAAAGGCUGUUUGUGUCUUUAUGCUCAAGAACUGUAUUUACUAUGGUUGUAGACAAAUGUGAAAAUAAAUUUAUGCUUAAUUAAAUAAAUAUUAAUUGAUUUAAA